AAGAGAUAUGGGAACAUAUGUAUAUGUAUAGCUGAUUCACUUUGUUAUAAAGCAGAAACUAACACCCCACUGUGAAGCAGUUAUACUCCAAUAAAGAUGUAAAAAAAAAGCUCACUGGAUGACCUGGACAAAUCAUUUAAACUCUCCUCUGUGCUCUCAGUUCCUCAAGUCAAGCAUUUCUAUUAAACUAACCCCAGGUUAACAUUAAAUAUCAAGAUUGAUAUGACUAAAGCAAAAUUAAAAUCCACAUGGAUUUUAAUGUGUCUCAGAGUAGGCUGUGAACUUGUGUCUCAGAGUAGGCUGUGAACUUGGGUGGUUGCUGGCACUGGUCUCCUACGGAGCCGCCAAACCAGACCUACUGCAAAUAUUUAUCUAUUAUUAGAGACUCCCUAGGGAAGAAGUGAGCAACUUCGACCAGUUGUAUAAGGUUAAACAGCUUUUCCAACAGUCAUUAUGUAAAGACAUAAGAAAGUAUUGUUAAGGCCAGUUCCAUGGAGCAUGAUGAAGGAUGUUGGGAGCAUUAUCAAAAUCCUAAAGAUCCUUGUGAAAUAGGUCUUGAUUUCUUGCUUAUACAUAUGACUGAAAGGAUUGGUGUAGAUGUUUAAAGAUGUUUAACUUCCUGUGUGGGGCAGCACUAAUGAAACUGUGGAAGGAUCCACAGUGUAAUCAGCUACUGCGUCCUAUGAGCGCUGGUGCAUUUGUCCUGGGCACAUGCUUUUUCUGGCAUCAUUUCUAUCGGUUCAAGAAUACAAAUCCCAGAUGGAUUCAAACCCAUGACUGUAAGCGGUCACUCUCAGAGGCAGUCACAGAAGUGCCUCUCAGAGUGAAUCAAUAUCAUUGUCUUGCCUACAUUGUAUUUGAGGUUCUUUCUUAAUUCAGCAAAUUUUACCAGGUACCUACUCUGUACUAGAUAAUACGCACCAGAAUCUGGCAACUGGGUCUUGACGAUGAGGCUCAGGUGGAGAUUAAAUGGUUCAGCUUUUCACAGAUGACAAUUCAUUCAAACUUCCAGAUUCAUUCACAUUUUCUUGUCAGGUAUUUAUUGCACACUUACUAAAAUUAAUAAAGUCUAAGAACAUUAAAAUUAUCUAAUUUAACCACACUGAGAAUUUCAUUUCUCCUCCCCACCUCUGCAUGAACUGAGAACUGCAGCUGUGAUCCAGGAACCUCCUUAAGGUGGGGCUGGCAAGCCUGAUACUCACCUUACCUGAAACAAGCAGAGUAUUCUGGAUCUAAGCUCAAAGUACGCAGACUGCAAUUUACACCUGUGAUAUGUCUUGGCACAGAGGAGAGGUACACCCGUAAUACACCGGUGGCUUCAGAACAAAGCCUUACCACCCAGCUCACCAUAGUUCCUGUGUAUGGAAUUAAGCAGUCUUUAAACUAAAGGAUCCCAAUCAUGACAAUGAGAAUAACAAAUCAUAAGUCACUGUUGGUGUUGUUGUUUAUAUUAGCCUCCUGGAUCACUUUUACAGUUUUCCAAAACUCCACAAAGUUAUGGACUGUACUCAAGUUGCCCAUCUCCCUCCAUCACAGGAAUUUCAUCAUGAAAUCAUGUCCUGCAGCACCACUGGAUCCAGCAGUUUCACCAACAGAGACUGAGCUGAGAAUAAAGGGGAUCAAGGAGAAACUAGACCAGCUGAUCCCACCCAGACCCUUCACCAACGUGAGCUCCACCACCAGCGCCACACACAGCAAAGCCACCCUCCUCAGCCCUCGAGACACAUACUGCAGGGGGGAUCAGCUAGACGUCCUGCUGGAGGUGAGGGACCACUUGGGACGCAGGAAGGAAUAUGGCGGGGAUUUCCUGAGGGCCAGGAUGUCCUCCCCAGCCCUGAAGGCAGGCGCUUCGGGAAAGGUGACAGACUUCAACAAUGGCACCUACCUUGUCAGCUUCACCCUGUUCUGGGAGGGCCGGGUGUCUCUGUCUGUCCUGCUCAUCCUCCCCAGUGAAGGGGUGUCGGCUCUCUGGAGGGCAAGGAACCAAGGCUAUGACAGGGUGAUCUUCACAGGCCAGUUUGCCAAUGGCACCUCCCAUGUCAAUACUGAUUGCGCCCUGGUUUUAAAUUCAAGUGCUGAACUGUGUGAGUACCUGGAUAGUCGAGACCAAGAAGCCUUCUACUGCGUGAAGCCUCCACAUAUACCCUGUGCUGCACUCACCCACAUGCAUUCCAAAAACAAGGCCGUGUCUUAUCUUAGCAAACAAGAAAGAAGCCUCUUUGAAAGGUCAAAUGUGGGUAUAGAGAUGAUGAAAAAGUUUGGCGCCAUUACUGUCUCCAAAUGCAACAAAAAGACAGCUCCAAUGAAAAAGAAAUGCAAGUUUGGAAUGGCAUCCACAAUCCCCAGUGGAUAUGUCUGGAAAGACACAUGGAAUCCUGUCUCCUGUAGUUUGGCUCCAAUCGAAAUGAAAGAAUGCCUGAGAGGAAAAUUCAUACAUCUAAUGGGAGAUUCCACGAUCCGCCAGUGGAUUGAAUACUUCAAAAGCAGUAUCAAGACCCUGAAGUCAGUGGAUCUGCAUGAAUCUGGAAAAUUUCAAAAACAAUUUGCUGUGGACUUGGACAAGAAUAUCAAAAUCCAGUGGCAAAAGCAUAGUUACCCCUUGGUUGUAUCACUGGCCUAUUCAGUCAAAGAGAUUGAGUACAUCGCUCGGGUUAUUGACAGAACUGGAGGAGGAAAAAGUACUAUCAUUGUUAUCUCUCUGGGCCAGCACUUCAGACCCUUUCCCAUUAAUGUUUUUCUCCGAAGGGCCCUCAGUAUCCAUGAUGCAGUUCAGCGCCUUCUUCUGAAAAGCCCAGACACUGUGGUUAUCAUCAAGGCAGAAAACAUCAGGGAGAUGCACACUGAUGUGGAGAGAUUUAGUGACUUUCAUGGUUACAUCCAAUAUCUUGCCAUAAAGGACAUUUUUCAGGAUCUCAAUGUGAGCAUUAUUGAUGCCUGGGAUAUAACAAUUGCAUAUGGCACAAAUAAUGUCCACCCGCUCCAAUCUGUAGUCAGAAAUCAGAUUAAUAUAUUGUUAAACUUUAUUUGCUAGAUAAAACAUAUCACUUUAAUUUAUCCACUUAAUUAAAGACAUCUAUUAAGUGUUUGCUAUCAUGCCAGAUGCUGUUGGCUCUGAACUCUCAAUUAACAAGAGAAAAUCUGCACUAUGGCUGAUUUAUUAACCAGCAACUCAACCAAAUCAGUUAUUUCUAAUUUGGGCUUCCACUUACAAAUAAACACAAAAAUACUUAUGAAAAGGAGCUACACUUCUUGAUCAGAGUCAUGCCACUUUUCACAAGCAGGAAGUCAAGACACCUAAUGGUUAAAAGUUCUCUGUGAUGCAUGGAAAUUCAGAGCAAUAAAGUCAUUAUAAAAUAAA